AUGACGUAUCUUUCCAGCAUCUCCGCAACAAACUUCACAAUUGCUGUGAGCACGGUACUCAUUCUAUCACUUUUCAUAACCUGUGUCAGGCGCUACUGGAGACUCCGGCAUAUACCUGGACCCUUCAUCGCAUCUUAUACAGACCUUUGGGCAGCGAUAAGUGUUUGGCGCGGCAAAUACUAUCAUGACACGGUCACCCAAUGGCACGCUAAGUACGGUCCUGUUGUGCGAGCAGGUCCUAACCGUGUUUCAUUCGCCGAUCCAAAUGCUAUCCCGGAUAUAUACGGCACUUCGCUGAUUUAUUCGAAAUCCGACUCCUACCGUCCCAUGGAGGUUAUGGCUAAGGGUGACACAAUGCAGAGCAUCAUCACUAUUCGUGACGAGAAACGCGUUACAGGUAUCAAGCGGCAAAUUGCUGGUGGGUUUUCACAGUCUCAGUGGCUCAAGCAAGAAGAUCAGAUGGACGCAACGAUCAGUGCCCUCUUGGCCCAGCUUUACAAGAAGCCCACAGGCAUGGAUAUCCCCUUGCGCAAUUGGCUGAGCUUCUGGAUGUUCGAUACCUUGACCUCUCUGGCGUUCAGCAAAACCCGCGGGUACUUGCAGGCUGGUGUAGACACGGACAAGGUCUUUCCCAGCGCGGCUGGACGAUUCAAACAUUGGAGAACGUGGGCACUAGCACCGCAAUUAGAAUCGCUGCUGCUGAAGAACUGGUUCAUGCAAAGAGCGAAAACGACUUCGACUCCCAUCGCAGAGCUGGCGAUAGAAAGGGUACAAGAUCGAACUGCAGAGGAAAAGAACGCGACAGGGAGAGAUCUCCUUGCAAGAUAUCUGGCUGCUAGUCAGGCCGCGCCCGAUGUAAUUGGCAUGAAAGACGUGAUUGCUCUGACUAUCACGACUAUUCAUGCAGGAUCGGAGAGCACGGCUGUCAUUACAGCGAUGGCACUCAGUAUGGUACUCGGAAGCAAAAACUCAGAGUUAUUUCGGAAGUUAGAGAAGGAGAUUUUGGAUGCAUAUCUCCCCGUUGGUGAAAAUGGCGCAAUCGCCUUUAAAGACGUGGAGCAUCUGCCGUAUCUGGAUGCGGUGGUGAGGGAGACACUCCGAUGGUCGGUCAACCCCAAUGUCAACUCCAGAACCGUCAACACGCCUGGCGGCGUCACCAUAUGCGAUACCUUUAUACCAGAAGGCACAGACGUCAUGGUAUCCUCUCACGACAUCAAGAACUGCACUUGGAUGUUCGGUGCUGAUGCUAGUGUUUACAACCCUGAGCGUUGGAUGCACAUUGACGAGCAGAAGCGCCGUGACAUGGAACGCUCAGCAAUGGGCUUCAGUUGGGGGCGAAGAAUCUGUAUGGGACAACAUUUGGCGAGGAUCCUUAUAAAGAAGCUGCUUGCUAGCUUAAUUAUUGCUUUUGAGAUCGAGCCUAUAAAGGCGGGAGAAACGGGCAAGUGGGAUGGAAACACUAUUGGUUUUAAUUUGCAGGUGAAAUUGACUUCAAGAAAAGUGUCAGAAAAUAAAGCUUGA